AUGACGUUGUCCUCCCCCUUCACAAUGGCGAUCGAGUUUGCGCCGGAUGAGAGCCGCACCGUCUUCCCUGGCUCGGUCACCAUCACCAAGACGACGCUGACGGUGCUCAAGCGAAAUAACACCGCCCCCACCGCAGUGCAGGACCCCGUGAUGAAUGAGCGCUCUGAUUUUGUUGGCGCCUGCAGCUUACCACUGAUCCAGUUCUACCGACAUAAAAACAUCAUCACCCUCAUGCGCGGCUCCAGCUUCUUGUUCGAUAAGGCCGCCGUCUCGAUCGGCUUCCACCCCGGUGCUGCCGGCAGCAGCCACACAGAUUCCUCCAUCCGCGCCAGCAACCACUCCCGCCGCAACAACCCAUCAAUGUGGGAGACACUAGCGAUACACUGCGUCACGCCGGACGAUUGCGACCGCGUCGUCGAGGUACUGCUGACUUGCAACGCUGAGAAAACGUCCGUGCCUCCGCUUCCGAUGCGCUCGGGGGGCCAUGGGUCGCGCAACACGUCCAUCCCGGCGAGUCUGAACAGCUACAGCCACCAUAACGAGCAAAGCGGGCGCUCCAGCAGCGCGCGUCGCGAGCACCACCACAGCCACCGCAGCUCACCGAGCUUGAGCAGUUACCAUCCAGCAUCGAGCCAUAUGAGCGAGCGUCCGCAGUGGAAAGAGAGCGCACAGUACACUAGCCCUCGCGGCAGCACUCUGCAGAUGGAGCUGUCGACUCCCCGCAGCUCCCGCCUGCCGAGCCGUCGAGAGAGCGAUGAUGCAGCAGCGCAGUCGUCAGUGCGCAUUGGCGAGCUCACGCCACGCAGCUCGCGCUUGCCUUCUCGCCGCGAGAACGACGACAUGACAUCCAUGACGACGCCGUCGCAGUCGAUCCGUUCAUUUCAGCAGCGUGUGGCGCCUGGACGCUCCACUGCCGCCAAAACGCUGAGUCAGUUGAACUCUGAGAAGCAACAGGUGCCACAGCGCCGCCACCACAGCUCCGAGAGGAAGCGCGACGCACUGUCGACGGCAUCGACGUCGCACCGUCGCCUGGUUGACCCGGCGGAGCGCGAGUUUGCCACGACUGAGGAGACCCGUCCGCACAGCCGUCCACAUCGUCACCGUAGUCAUUCCCGGCCCUCUGCGUCGUCUCGGUCGCUACAGCGCAAUGGCGCCUCCACCGCUGCAUUUGAAGGCGGCCAUGCGCACCGCCACGGCACCCCGCACAGUGCGCGCGGCACAGGCAGUGUGACGUCCCUCUCUACCCCUGUGUCGGCGUCUCGCCGGUACGUCUCCCCCCGCACCGGCACGAUGGACUACAGUGCGAGCGUCAGCCCACGCAGCACCGUGCUACCCACGGAGAAGCUCGGGCAGGACGCUUUCCUGCGCAGUCUGCAGCGGCUUCAGCACCACCGCCUUCACUUCAUGCAGCACCUCCACAAGGAGAUGGUGCACCAUGCCUACCUGGCCGAGGAGGCGAAGGUAAGGGCCGCUAUGGCGUCUGCCAAGACGAGCCUGUCGCGUCACCGUACACGCUCACCGACUAGCGGACGGAUGUUAGAGGUGACAGGGGCGGAGGCAACGCACCUGCGCGAGAUCGAGGCUCGCUUAGCGCAGGUUGAGGCCCUCCACUGUGAAGCGGAGCGCGAACGCGAGGAGGCAGCGCGGCUGCGUCGUGAGUACGAGUGUAGGAACGAUGAGAUAAAUGCCCGCAUGGGCGGCUCCCAUAACGUGUCGGAGCCGAGCUCGUCCGUGAUGAGCCCACGCCGCAGCAGCGUGCACCCGAUAAACGGGCAGUUGAUGGUGCUGCCGCCACAGAGCGGCGGCGGCAACGGCUACCCUUUCACAGCACACCAGGGAUACAUGAUGUCCCCGGAGUGGGCGCUGGCGGUCGAUCCAGCCGCGGCCCCCCGUCCUGACGACGUGGACCUCGGCGUCGCCAUCAUCGACCGCUACGUCUUUGGGGAGGAGUGGGACCGCCUUCACCCCGCUUAUGAGGUGGAUGUCCGUUUCAACGCGCUGAUCGACAUCUGCUUGGCGGUGAAACUGCCACGCCGCCUCGUGAACAUCACCAGCAUCGUGGUCGACCGUCCCGGCUUGCGCCUGACAGCGGAGAUCCGGUACGACCGCGCCAAGAUCGAGCGUGACGGGGUAGAGCGGCGCAUGCACGGCUGCCCAUUCCGUUUCCUCCAGCGCUUCUACGCCAUGCGAGACUUGUACGACCCCAUGCACGACAGCGCCGCCGCGCUUGCCGGUGGCAGCAUCGCGCCGAUGACUAUGGGGCCAAGUGCUGCUAACGGACGCCGCCCCUCUGCGGCAAGAUCGCGCCGAGGGUCCCGCGCGCUGUCAGCGCAGCGCCGCCGCUCGGGUCUUGCCCCACAGUACAACAACAGCGAUGUGAGUGAGAUCUCUGACGACUUCGUCGAUGCCUACGACUUGGACGCGCGCCGUGACCACUAUCACCGUCGUGCCGAUGAUCGCGUCCGCGCUGAAGAGGACCGUAUGGCGAAGCGUCGCAAGCGCAUGGCGAUGGAGCUGCACCACCAGUUGGCAGACAACAUGGCCCAGCUGGAGGAAGAGGAGGAGUACCUCCGCGAUCGCGUUCAGUUCGCCGAGGCGAAGGAGCGGCAAAGGAUCGGCAAGGAGGCCCGUUCGAAUGUGAAGACGACCCUAACGACUUCCAUGGCGCAUCUCGAGGAGGAGGAGCGCGUGGGGCGGGCAGCGAUGGAGGUAGGUGCAGCGCGCCAACUGCACGUGCUGAUGGGCGGGCACCGUCGGAAGCUCGCGCUUUUCGGCUUGCAAGCCAGCGAGGCGGAGCGGCGCAAGCAGAUUGCUGCGCAGGAGGCGCACGCCCAACGUGACCUUAAUGAGACCAUGAACCCGGCAGGUACCGCUCAGAGAAGGCAGGCGGAGCAUCGGGCCCGCGAGGAAGAGGCUCUCGCUCGCCGCGGCGCCAUGUACGCGAGCAGACAGGAGUUGGAGGCAGCUGUGGCGGACAUGGAGGCGGACGAAGUGGCGGCGCGCGCCAUUAUCCGCUCGCAAGCGAUGGAGUCGCUGCUGGACCUGCUCUCCCGCCGACCUGCACCGAAGUCUAAGGACGGAUGCUAUGCUCUGCUCCAUACGCCGUCCACAUUGAGGACGCUGCUGGGUGACCUGAAGGCAGACGAGACCGCACAGCGGCGGCAGAUCAUAGCCGAUGAGCGCCACCGUCGAGCUCUGUACCGGCAGGAGGACGUCAUGAAUCGCGAAGCGGCGGAUCGUGGGGCCAUCGAGGAGGCGGAAAUGGACGCUCGUGACGCCAUCGUGGAUGACAUGAUGGCGCGGAACCGCCAUCAGCUGGAGCGCCGGCUGAACGAUCGCGAGAAGCUUCUGAGUAUCCUCAACGAGGAACAGUUCUACCGCAAGACGAUCCUGUCGGACGAGCAGGACGCCUUUGAGGUACUCGCGGAGCUGUUCACAGCGGGGCUGAAGGACUUGCUGGCGCGCGUGCCAGAGGUCAUCGACGAUGACGACGAGGAUCUGCGCCGCCGCCGCGUGAGCACGGCGCGUCAGGCGAAGUUGUUUCACUACAUGACGUUCUCGCCGGAUGACAUGGACUACCCACCGAGCGCCGUGCUCGCCAUCGAGGGCAUUGUGGGCUGCUCAAUCAAUAAGAACCUCGAGGUGGUUAGCAUAGCCCGUCCACUCCCCAAAGCGGAGGAGGACCUGCAGCUGCAGGCAGGCGACAUGAUUCUCGACGUUGCCGGCCACUCAUUGCAUUCCCUGUCGCACCUGCGUGAGGUUCUGUCGAACCGCGCCAUGCAGAUCCAGGAGGAGGCGUUUACCGAGUUCCCUGAUCUGCCGCAAGAUCAGCUCACCAUCAACCCGGCCUUGCAGAAGUACGUUGAGAUGCUGUGCGAGCACCAUAACUUCCUGGUACAGGUGCUGCGCGGAUGCGAGAUCUACCAGAUCAUCGUGCGGUCCUAG